AUGCCUAAGAAUAUUAAAAUUGUUUCAAAUACGCAAAUUAAAAAGCCGAAAAUAGAGAAAAUAGUGUCGGAAUUGGAAAAGCUUUUGACGAAACCGCCGAAAACUCAUAUUGAUUUGACUAACAUUGAUUCGCAAGAUUUCCUAAAGGAAUUCUUGAGGCCCUUUGAGGGCUCUGCGUCGGGACCGUCCUCUUGCUCAGAAUCAUCAACUUCCUCGAGACCAUCAGCGUCGUCAUAUUCGACAACUGUCACCAUGGAGCAGUUGGAAGAAUACAACAGGCAGAUGACUGAAAGGUACAAUCAGUCGUAUAAUAACCAACAAUCCUGGUCGUUAUUAUACGACAAGACAUGUGCCGUAGCGGAAGAGACGAAACAGAUUGGGGCAAGAGAAAAAACAUUAUUUGAGGAACAAAAGCAGCUUACAAAACAGAAAGAGAAUUUAAAUUUUCAAUUUGUUUCUUAUCAAACAGAUAUGCUGAAAAUUUAUAAUUGUUCUGCCCUCAAGUUAUUUGUUGAAGGUCGAAGUUCUGGGAUAGCAACACCUGAUAAUAUAACAAGGAUAACUGAUUUUGAAGCCGCCUUGUUUAAUCAGUUUAUAUCAGUAUCCAAUGGUAUAAAACAAUUAAUGCUAUUAAGUGCUUGUGAACAAUCAGCUAUAAAUGUUUAUAAUAAAUUUGUAAGUAUUAAACAGUGUGAAGCUGCUGGUAUUUGCAAAAAUACAGGGCAACAGAAUAGUGAAAAUAAAAUGUGGAUGCAACAUCGUCAGAUAAGAAUCACAGGUGCUGCUGGUACCGGCAAAGCCAUGACGAUUAAAGUAAUGAUGGAGAUAUACAACACAUUCUGCAAUACUGAUGGUUUUUGCAUUGCUUACAUUGCAUGUGCCUCUACUGGAAAAGCUGCAGUAGCUAUAGAUGGUACGACUGUUCAUGCCGCUUUAAGAAUAUCGUUGUCAAAAUUACUUCCAUUAAAAAUUGAAAAUGCUCAUCAAUAUCGAUCUUUAUUUCAACAUGUUAUAGUGAUAAUUAUAGAUGACAUAAGCAUGGUAGGUGCCCAAUUAUUAGAGCAAAUAGAUCAGCGUUUAAAACAAAUUACUUGA